UCUCUCUCUGUCAAGAUGGGCUUGAAGAAAUUUGACAUCAUUUUUGAUAAUCCAUGGAAAAUUUAUUAUCCCGGACAAAUGGUAUCGGGAAAUAUAGUACUGGUUCUAGACGGAGUAAAAAAGAUUCGCGGUAUAUGCGUCAAGGUAAAAGGAGAAGCAAAUACUUAUUGGACAACGGAUAAACAAAGAUUGGAUAAUACAGGAAACUAUAGAGAUGAGAAUACAACAUUCAGCGCGCACGAAGAGUAUUUUCAGACAAAGUACUAUCUCGUCGGAUCGGCUUCUGGAAAUGAAAUCGAGAUACAAGCGGGCGAACACAAGUUCCCGUUCACAUGUACUUUGCCGGAAAAUUUACCGAGCAGUUUCGAGUCUGACUUUGGGCAUGUUCGAUAUACGGUCAAGGCCAUCUUAGAUCGCCCUUGGAAAUUUGAUCAGGAAGUUAAAGCAGCCUUCACGAUCGUCUUGCCGUUCGAUCUGAAUCAAGAACCCAGAACGUCGGAACGAAUCAGAGAAGAAAUGAGUAAAUCCUUUUGCUGCCUUUGUUGCACCAGUGCACCUUUGAACGUGACAUAUUCUUUACCAGUCAGAGGAUACGUUCCUGGUCAAUCGAUGCCGAUUAAGAUAAACGUCGAGAAUUUAUCUAACGUUACGGUAGCACGCGUUACUCUGAGCCUUUGCAAGAUCGUGACAUUCCGUGCUACUAGUCCACAAACGGAUACGCGAAUCGAAGAGAUAGUGGUAACGGAGGUCAGUAAAGGGCCGAUCGAUGGGGGAGCUAGUUCCGAUUACGAACAAAACUUGGAUGUCCCGGCCCUUCCUCCGUCGAAUUUAAAUAGUUGCGGUAUCAUCGAUCUCGAAUAUCGUCUGAAGGUCGAAGCAUGCAUCGAAGGAUGGUAUCAUCGUAAUUUGAAGAGCGACACUCCAGUUUUCGUCGGAACGAUACCCUUGGUGAAUUAUCAGAUACCAAGCGCUCCUCCCGAGAAUACUAUGUUCGUCAGUUCACCGACGAAAACUUCCGAAAAAUAUUAUCUAUCUCCUACUUCGAAUUUAUAUCCAGAAUUACCACCCCCGUCGUACGAGGAAUCAACGUAUGGCGCCAAAAAUCUACGAGAACGCGACGAGUCGGAAUACGUGAUUGGUCUUACGAAUCAUUUCGCACCGAAAUAUCCGGUUUAUCAUUUUCCAACGGGUCAGUGAAACGACGAAACGAAUCCCUAUCAAAGGGAAAAAGCUUUCGUUCAAAUUCUUUUUCUUAUGCUUGGAUGCAAAUAUUGGAUGGAAAAAAUCUCUUAUCCUUCUGCAACAUCACAUACUGUAAUUUUUAUGUCCCACGCUUAUAUUCUCUUUAUUUCCUUGUACCCGUAACGAACCCCUAGUAAUUAUUAUUUCGUAUCUUUUCAUCUUUUUAAAGAAUAAUUUACAUUUACCCUAGGCAUCGUAAUAAAAUAUUUAAUACUAUAUAAUGUGAAAGCUAUAACAUUACUUUAUACUAGUGUAUAAAAGUUAUAGUAUACUUGUAUAUUAUAUAAUUGUACUGGUAAUAUGAUUUGAGUAUUGGUAUAAAGUAAUGCCAUAACUUUUACAUUGUACAUUUUUUCUUCUUUUUCUUUUUAUAAGAAUUGCUUCAUAAAUAGGAUCAAAAGAAUUAUUUUUCUCACGAAAUUGUAUGACGAAGGAUAAAAAUACUAGUAUCGACUUGAAGUAAACUUCACUGCCAGCUUCUAAACGCCAAGUUUCGAAUAUGUUUAUUGCUUUACAUGCAAGCACAAUACCAUUUUAUACAGUGUACGUCUUUAUAGAUUAUAAAGUACAGCUCAAAGCGCUCUAAUAUUUUUCUAUUAUUACAUAUUAAGCACUGUGAAUUUGGAACUAUAUUCGAUAUGGAUUGAUUUUAUUGUUCAGUCGUAUAAAACAAUAUGACAUUUACUUGACUUAUUGUUAGUUGAUACGAAUGAUAGAAAAAAAAAAAAAAAAAGAAAAAACGUAAAAAAUUCUUACGAAAUUGUACCGCUCAUUUCAAUUCGAUUCAAUAAAUUUUACAAACGAGUAAUAGUCAUAGGAUAAAACGAGAUUUCACCGAA